GGCCGCCGUGUGUAUCUUCCAGCAUCUGCGGGCUGGUGGAAGCGCUGCUCACAGUCAGUGUCCGUACGUCUUCGUCCGCCAUUACCCUCCUUAUCCUGCUCCAGGUAGCGGACAGCCGCCUCCCGCCGCGCACCCUCCACUGAGGCCCGGGUCAGAGACUAGGGGCCGCCUGGCCCGCCCCUGCGCGGCCCUUUCCCCUGAGCCCGCGGAGCCCGCCGCCCCGGGCCUCGGGGGAACGAUGCUGGAGUCCAUUCGCGUGACGGGUGAGUGCAGGGAAGGGCUGGCCGCGGCGGGGGUGCGGGGCGGACCGGGGUCCCGCCGCCCGGGGUCCAGGUAAUGGUAGCUACCGGCUGGGCGCGCCGCUCGGGACUCCACCCUGCGUCCCGACCCCUGCGGGGCGCUCAGGAGGCGCUCGCGAAAAGCCUACGGAGGGAAGAGAGAAAUCGGCCCCUUUUCCUUUCGUCACUUAUUAUCAAAAAGCUUCACUGGCCUGAGCAAGAACUUGCUAAGAAGUCUAUUCUAAAUGCAGAAGAUUCAUUCAUCAUUGACAGCAAAAGAAGCAUUUCACAUUUAUCCUCGGGAGUGCUAAAAGACAUUUUCACAACUGGAACCAGUAGUUACAAUGUCCUACUACAGAGCAAGGAGGAAAAAAAGUAUCACUCACAAAAACAGUCUUCCUCCACCUACUCCAAAAGAUGUAGAAAAACCAGCAAAUCUCCUAACACUUCUCGUAGCAAAGAUCCUCGCAGGAUGAAAGCCCUGGUGCCGGUGACAAGCAGUGGUACUUGGUACUGCCUGGAGAGGCGGCCUGCUGUUUUUGUCACUAGUUCAGUGUCGAGUCCUGUAAAGUUUACACAUGAUAUCUCUGUUACAGGGAAUGGCAUAGUACUGCCACCUAAACCCAAAAGCAAGGUCAAGUGGUGCCAUUUCUCCACUCUUUCAAAGACAAAGCCACAGCCUCAGCUGUCUAGAAGCUUUGAAAAGGGAGAUGACUUUUCUGGGAAGAAAUUUUGUAUACUGACUGCUAUAAAACCCACCAACUUAGAGAAAGAAAAACUGAGAUUCUUCAAAUCUGACUAUACCUACAAUCCUCAGUUUGAGUAUGCCAAUCCUGCUCUGCCAAGCGUAUUAGCUAAGCACAGCCACGCAUCUGACCGAUUUCUUAAGCAGACCUCAAGUUGUCAAAACAAUGAAGGGGAGGAAAAAUCUAUCAAUAUUAUGGAACUGACUUUACAAAAAUACGGAAGUUAUGAAAAAUUCGAACAAGCCACUGGUGGUAGCUUGCUCUCUAAAACUCGAAUCUGGAGUCACGUUAGGAAGUACAUGAUGAAGGAAGGCUGCCUAGGGGAGAUUGUAGUUCAUCUCACUGAGGACCUGCUUUCCCGAGCAUCAAUGACAGUAGUAAAUGGAUGUCCAACUCUGACUAUCAAUGUGUGCACUGCACGUGAGCAUUGGCUGGAGGGAAUGCUGAGGCAUGAAAUAGGUACACAUUAUUUUCGAGGUAUUAACAACCUCCAGCAGCCAUGGAACAGUUGGAUUGGACGUAAAAAACAUGAGCUGAAGCCAAAUAAUCCCACAGAGGAAGGACUAGCAAGCAUUCACAGUGUUCUGUUUAGAAAAGACCCCUUUUUGUGGAGGGCUGCCCUCCUCUACUACACUGUUUAUCGAGCCAGCCAAAUGUCUUUUUGUGAACUCUUCAGAGAUAUUGGCAGGUUUGUCAAGGACCCCAAUACAAGAUGGGAUUAUUGUGUACGGGCCAAGAGGGGAUGGACUGAUACUUCCCAACCAGGGUGUUUUAGUAAAGACCAGGUAUACUUGGAUGGAAUUCUUCAAAUCCUUCGAUACAGAGAUACCAUAGACUUCCAUCUGCUUACUGCCCUCGGGAAGGUGAGUAGAAGCCAUGGCGCAUAUCCCUGAACACACCAGAUCAGCAUUCCCCUCACUCGAGCUUAGCAUUAAAUAAGACUUAGCUUCACACUAUUUUUACUUUAUUGUCAGAACAAAUUUUCUUUAUGUCAUAUCAAGAGGGAAGAAAUCUGGUUCUGUAAUAGAACCAAAUUAUAAAAUUUCUUUUUGGUCAAUAAGAGAUAAAGGAAUAGGAAAUUUGGGAAUAUAUAUUGUUUUAUUUUUAUUUUUAUUUGUGUGUACAUAUUUUUCUAAAAAGCAUUUUCUGAAAACUAUAAAAGCAUUUUGAAGUAAGCUGCACUUAUAACACUUCCCCCGUAAUGUCUCCUAAGAACAGAAUAUUUUCUGACAUUACUAUAUGAUUUUGUUUAAGAAAUUUAUUACUGAUUAAAUAUAACAUCUAAAAUAUAGUCCACUUCAAAUUUUCCAAAGUGCCUCCAAAAUGUCCUUUGUGGCUCCUUUUUUGUGAUCUAAGAUCCAGUCGAGAUUUAUACAUUGCAUUUGGUUAUAAUCUUUUCUCUCUUUUAAUCUCCGCUUGCCUUAUUCUUUCUGUUUUUUUCAUGACAUU